AUGGUCAGCAAGUCUCCAAACCCCAAAGCCUAUGAAGAGUGCCUGAGCUUAGCACGGGAACGAACAUGCCGCCCAAAUAGUAAUAUGUACAGAUACAUAAAAUACAGGCACUUCUUGAGCUGGCACAUCUCAUCAUCCGAUUUGACUCAAGACCUAUUGAACAAAACACCCUCACCCUCACCUGUUCGACACGUUAUCCCACCAGCCGGCAUGCAAUCUUUGAGUUUUCUGGUACUCCUUUUGACUGCUUACGUUGCGACAGCACCAAUUGGCUGCUUCAGUCCACGACGGAAGUCGCUUGCUAUCGAGCCAAGCCUCUUGAGUCUCUUGGCACACUGGAAAGGAGAUGGCUACAGCGGCGGCUACAUCGGCGGGGGAUAUAGGGGAGGCGCUUUCGAUCAGAUGGGCGUUGAUCGGAUUGAUUUCGUUCGAAGUAGCCCGGCUGCAGCAGCUACCGAGAGUUAUCCGAUUCUACGAUCCUCGGAUUACCCAAUGGUCUUCUCGCUCAGUUAA